ACACCUAGAGAGGCAAACAAAUGUGCAGAUAGACUAGCAAAUUUAGGAGCUAACUACCAAGACAACCUAGUUGUGCUUGAUGACCUUCCAAUUGCCAUUGUAAGUCUGUUGAUAGCAGACAUGGUGGGUGCAUCUUGUGUAAGGCCUUAGUGUCCCUAGUUUUAUCUUGUUGUUUCUUUCCUGCUUUGUUCUACUUCUUUUGAAUAAAAAAAACAAAAGAGACCAUCAUUGAGAUCCAAAAAUGCAUUCCAAUGAGUGGACAUAGUACAAGGGGUUAUGGUGGAGGUAUUGUGCAUAGUAGGAAAACUCAUGUGGGUGCACUUUCAAAUUCCUAACUUUCCAAAAGGACCCAGCAACCAUUCAACACUUUUUCCCCCAAAACCCAUUACUUGCUAGUAGGAAGGAAGGAAGGAAGGAAGAAUCGAUGCCUACCCAUCUUCUUCCCUUCUGAAACCGUCUAGACAUAGACACAUAUGGCAUAUCCUAAAACUUCUGCGAAAGGCACCAUGGGUGUGACAGUUGGGCUCUUAGUUCUUUUUGUUUUGGGUGCUAGCUUGUCCUGUGAUGCCAGAAAAUUAAUUAUCACUGGUCUUUCUAGUAAAGAAACCACAGCAUCUGAUGUUUCCGUUUUGCAGAUAAAUCACCAGGAGUCAGAAGGGGAAGUAAAAGCCUCAGAAGAAGUUGUCAGAAUUGGAAAUGUGUGCACAAUGUGUGAAGAGUUUGUUACUGAGGAGCUGGAGUACCUUAAGGAAAACAAGACUCAGACGGAGAUAAUCGACAUCCUUCACAACACCUGCUCUCGGUUGCUCACUUUCGAGGAACAGUGCAUUAGUUUGGUGGACUAUUAUGCUCCCCUAUUUUUCUUAGAGAUUGGAUUGGUGCAACCUGGAGAUUUCUGCGAAAGUGUCAAUCUCUGUUCACAAAGGGUAAUCGUUUCUCUGCCACUAUCCAAGGGUAAGUGUGAAAUUUGCCAUCAAGCUGUUGCAGAAGUUCUAUUAAAGUUGAAAGAUCCCGAAACACAGUUAAAUAUAAUUGAGAUGCUUCUGAAGGCAUGUACUGCUGUGGAGAGCCAUGUGAAAAAGUGUAAAACCAUGGUUUUUGAAUACGGACCGUUGAUCUUUGCCAAUGCAGAGCAGUAUCUUGAAACAACAGACAUGUGCACUGCAAUCCAUGCCUGUGAUUCGCCUUCUGCUGACAGCCAUCACGCAUUACCCAUAGAGAAAAAAUCUUUGCUUUCUGUUUUGUAAAAAUUGCAGGAAAAUAGACUCGAUUGAAAAUUUCAUAUCGUAAACAGACAAAAAAAUAAAAUAAAAUGGUAUUUACUAUUCUCUUGUGGUUUCUGUACGACACCUAAUUAAUUGAUUAUUAUUACAGAUUGAAAACUUGCUUGUGUUGA